UCCAUUUUCCUCUCUCCAGGGAUUUCCAACUCCCAUUUCAAGAAGAGUUGAUAAUCUUGGAAAAUCUGCAAAUGGGAAGGCUAUUCUUGAGGGAAUUCGAUCAGCCAAUCCCUGAUUACCUGAUGUGCGGGUCUUGCCAAACCCCUAUUGCCUUACCAGAAGACUUCUACUGCUUCUCCCCAGACGAGGUGGGAGUUUACGGCCUAGUCUUUCAAGAUCGUGAGCGUAGGAUCAUCAACGUGCUAGUCGACAAAGCUGUCCGCCAUCGGCAGGUUGGCGGUAACAAAGUUGCGGAUAUCUACUGCAUAAAAUGUGGUGAAGAAUUGGGCUGGAAAUAUAUUGAAGCUGACGGUGCGCAGCUGUUUAUCCGAGAUGGAAUGGUGCAAUUAAGGAAGGACAAGGUGCUGAGGAGACAUGGCGAUCUGAUCAUAAAUGGAGAGGCAAGAGAAGCUGUACAAUAUCACAUACUAUACUGAAGAAGUAUUCAAAUUCUGAUUUCUGGAUUUGACAAGUGGUGCUGUGCUGUGUAGAGUCCAAUUCUCCAUAAAACCAUGUAUAGAUCCUUCAAAUCAGUGCUGAUGUUGCACUUUUACAAGAUCAUUAUGUUGUAUAUUUCAAAUGCUUAUCACAGUAAUG